UCACCCUGGCGUCGUGUCUGUCAGCUAGCUGCUACUUUGUCGAUUUAAAAUAUUAUGUGACAGGGGAGUAACAUUAAACACACACUUCAUGAAGAAUGUUAGAGUAUUAAAUUGAAUGCGCUCGAAAACGGCUGUAACGGAUCUGUUUUUCUGCUGGUUUGUUAAGUUCUCUUCGGAAGGACCAUCCGUGGAUCUACUUUACUUCUGAAUGUUGGAAAUGUGCCCCUCUCUCACAUUAUGAGCUCAGUCUCUCAUGUGAUCAUGGCAGUCCACCCCAUCCUGAUCCUGCUGCCCAUCCUGGGGUUCCAUGUGCUUCCAUGUGUGUCUAACCAAUUGGAUGAUAACCUCAGUGUAGUGUCUUAUCGGACUGUGCAAGGCCCGGAAAAAUGUAACCUGACAUUGUGUCCUCCUCUUCAAGUCUGCACAAAGACUUUCUAUAAUGAAGGAAAAUGUUAUCUGCUAAGCUGUCAGCCUAAUGACCAGAACUCUUGUGAAAAUGUCACAAAAAUAAAGAACCGGUUGACAAAGCGAGAUUCCAUGUAUGUGGACCAUAUUCAGAAUGGAAUGGCACCUCUCCAUCAAUCAUCUGGACACAUCUCUUCUCAUCCUUCUCCAAGCAGUUCUCCUCAAUCAGUACCUACCGCUAAAGUCUCGGCCUCCAUCACUUCUUCUGUUCACUCAAAUCCAUCCACUACCACCAAACUGCAGACAACCCCAUCAGACCAAGAUUCCACAAAACCAGCAGUUCCUUCAGAAAUCCCCAUACCUACUACCAUUCCAACAACACCAGUAACGACAUCCACUAUCACCACAACCACUGCUACUACUACUACUACAACAACAACAACAACAACAACAACAACAACAACCAAACCACCCACAACUACCACUAAUCCCUCUACAAUAUCUACCAGCAUAACAACCAACACACCAACAGUUGCACAAACUUCAAAACAGCCUUCCUCACCUUCACCAUCAGGGACAAAAACAUCCGCCAGCAUCUCACCAUCAGUGCCUACGAUACCUCCACCCACCCCUUCCACAACACCACCUCAACCGCCUCCUGUUUCAACAUCCUCAGAAGACAAGCCAUUGCCAACCAUGCCAAAAACCUCAACAAGCCCCACAGUUGUGGCAUUCACACUGCCUAAGGACAUUUCCAAAGGGGACCAAGUUAGGACUGACAAAGUCAUGGUAGAAGUGGCUGGAGACUUUCUAACCAGUCACCUGUUGAACACCAGCUCUCUGCUGGCUGUUCUUCUGUUCGGCCUCCUUUUCUUUGUGGUCACGGUCGCGCUGUUUCUCAAGCAAGCGUAUGAAAGUUACAAGCGGAAUGACUAUACUCAGGUCGACUAUCUCAUCAAUGGAAUGUAUGCCGAUUCAGGGGUGUGACGAGGUGGCUUACGUUUCAGUAUGAAGCUUAGUUUUGUUUUGUUUUUCAGGGUUUUGUAGCACAUUGACUUCUUUGUGGUUUGAGGCCCAUAGACUUUACUUGGGGUAGAUGUCAUAUUUAAUUUGAAACAAAUGAAAUUGAGGCUAUGAAGGACGGAUGCAGUCCAAUAAAUGGGUUGAAUUUUCAUACAUCUAAUUUUCACAACCCACGUCUCCAGGAUUAUUUUGUAAUUUGUUUGGCCCCUGGGAAUUUAUUCGACUGGUGUAUUUUCAAAGUUGCAUUGGUUGUACUAUGGACCCCAAGAUAUUCAACAUUACACCCCAUUGAAACAACUGUAUUUAACAGCUGCAGCCUUCUUUUCAUUUGCAUGAAAUAAAAAAAAUCCAUAUAGCUUGAUUAAGGCCCAUUGUAAUGCUGUAAUUGGUAGCACUGUCUCACAUUUCAAAUGCUCAAAAGCCCUGUACCACCUUUAUUCCCAUUAUUGGAAUCGAGCUGGUGCUCAAAUACAAAAUGUAUUCAGUGAGUUGGUUUGAUGGUAUGAAUCUUUAUUUCAGAUUUUAUUUUUAAGCAGAUUUAGUUUCCAUGUAAUUCCUUGGCACAUGGGGCUCAAGCCUUAGUAUUAACCAAGCCCUUAACCUUCGUUCAACGAAUUUCAUUACAAGGGAUUCAUAGUGCAAUAUUUGGAAACGUUUUGUCUUGUUCUAAUAUCUGUUAUGUUCUGUGUUUCAUUUGCAGCUAAGUAAUUUGGCUGCGAUGAUUGCCUUUUUUUUAUGUUUGUAAGAACCGUUCAGGAACUUUCGAAGAUUUGUUAUGAAUUAAUAAUGCAUUUAACUUUUUUCUUUUUUUUCUUGUGUGGAAAUGGAGACUAUUUGCCAAACCAGGAACUGUGGCACAGAAGCACAUUACUGUCAAGCCAAGGGAAUAAUUCAGCCAUUGUGUAUUUAGUGUCUGGGACAAAGAAAAGAGUAUGAUGUUAGUGUUUGUGAUCAAAAAGAAGAGAUUGGGUAAGAUUGAUGUGCCAAAUUGAUUUUGUAAGUCUUAAUAUAUGCACUGUAAAAAACAAAUGUAAUAAUAAAUAAAACAUACUUUGCAA